UCUUGCUGGGACAAGUAAUGUAGAAUUACCACCUGCUGAACCAGGAAUGUACCAGUUGGAUAUUAUAUUAAGGCGAGGUACUAAUUUAGCAGUUCGUGAUCGAAGAGGAACAAGUGAUCCAUAUGUCAAAUUUAAACUUGGCGGAAAAGAAAUCUUUAGAAGUAAAACAAUCAGUAAGAAUCUUAAUCCUGUUUGGGAGGAAAGAACUUCCAUUCUUAUUGAAAACUUAAGGGAGCAACUAUAUAUAAAGGUUUUUGAUUAUGAUUUUGGACUUCAAGAUGAUUUCAUGGGGUCAGCUUUUUUGGACCUGAAUUCCCUAGAACAAAAUAGGCCUAUUGAUGUUACAUUGAAUCUGAAAGACUCACAUUAUCCUGACCAAGAUCUUGGGACUAUACUGUUAACCAUGUUGCUGACCCCAAAAGAGCAGCAGAGGGAAGGGACAAUGCUAAUGAGGAAGAGUUGGAAAAGAACAAGUAAGUUUCAGACCCAGAGUAUACGCUUGUCGGACCUGCACAAAAAAGCUCAGCUAUGGAGAGGAAUAGUCAGCAUCACUUUAAUUGAAGGUCGUGGACUCAAAGCCAUGGACUCAAAUGGGCUGAGUGAUCCCUAUGUGAAAUUUCGGCUGGGACAUCAGAAGUACAAGAGUAAGAUAAUGUCAAAAACUUUGAAUCCCAAGUGGAGGGAACAAUUUGACUUACAUCUUUAUGAGGAACGAGGUGGAAUUAUUGAUAUUACAGUAUGGGACAGAGAUGCUGGCAAAAAGGAUGAUUUUAUUGGCAGGUGCCAAGUUGACCUGUCAACUUUAAGCAAAGAGCAUACUCAUAAGCUAGAGCUGCCUCUGGAAGAAGGCGAAGGGCAUCUGAUACUGCUGGUUACAUUGACUGCUUCAGCUGCGGUCAGCAUAUCUGACUUCUCAAUGAAUGCUUUGGAAGAUCCAAAGGAACAGAAAGAAAUCCUAAAAAGAUAUACCCUAAUGCAGAUCUUUCAAAACAUAAAGGAUGUGGGAUUUCUCCAGGUAAAGGUCAUCAGAGCAGAAGGUUUGAUGGCAGCUGAUGUUACAGGUAAAAGUGAUCCAUUUUGUGUAAUUGAAUUGAACAACGAUAGAUUGUUGACCCACACAAUAUAUAAGACCCUUAAUCCCGAGUGGAACAAAAUCUUCACUUUCAAUAUUAAAGAUAUCCACUCAGUUCUUGAAGUGACAGUUUAUGAUGAAGAUCGUGAUCGGAGUGCGGACUUCCUAGGCAAAGUGGUUAUUCCAUUAUUGUAUAUUCAAAAUGGUGAACAGAAAGCCUACGUUUUGAAAAACAAGCAGCUGACAGGGCCAACAAAGGGGGUCAUCUAUCUUGAAAUGGAUGUGAUUUUUAAUGCUGUGAAAGCCAGCAUCCAAACAUUAAUGCCCAAAGAACAGAAAUAUAUUGAAGAAGAAAACAGACUAUCUAAACAGCUUCUUCUAAGGAACUUUAUGCGUGUGAAACAUUGCAUCAUGGUCAUUAUAAAUGCUGCCUAUUUUAUAAAUGGUUGUUUUGAGUGGGAGUCACCACCAAGAAGUCUGGCUGCUUUUAUGCUUUUCCUUAUUGUAACAUGGAAUUUUGAGCUGUACAUGAUUCCACUGGUCUUGUUGCUGAUGUUGGUGUGGAAUUAUCUCUUGGUCAUAUCAGGAAAGGAUAAUCGGCCACAUGAUACUGUAGUGGAGGACAUACUAGAGGACGAGGAAGAAGAGGAUGACAGAGAUGACAAGGACGGUGAAAAGAAAGGAUUUAUGAAUAAACUCUAUGCCAUUCAGGAAGUGUGCAUAAGUGUUCAGAACAUCCUUGAUGAGGUGGCUUCUCUUGGAGAAAGGAUUAAGAAUAUAUUCAACUGGACUAUUCCAUUCUUAAGCUGGCUGGCCAUUGUUGCUCUCUGUGUGUUCACAGUCAUCCUGUAUUUCAUUCCACUGAGAUACAUUGUCCUUGUCUGGGGCAUCAACAAAUUUACAAAGAAACUCCGAAGUCCAUAUGCGAUUGAUAACAACGAACUACUUGAUUUUCUUUCCAGAGUCCCUUCAGAUGUGCAAGUGGUGCAAUAUCAAGAACUGAAACAAGAGUUUUCUCACAGCCCAAGUAAGAGGAAGAAAAACAACCUUAGUUAGUCAAUUCCAUGUGCUGGACAGAUCAACAUCUGAACAAGGCAUCACAUCAUCUGAGGAGAAUUUCUUCUCUUUCUAAUUUUUUGUUUAUUUUCUGUUGGGUAGUGAUUCUUUUUAAAAUUUGGUAAUUUUAAUGAGAAAUCUGUAAAUACUGUACAGAGAGAUUUAGCAGGGAAAAUAUUCUUUCCGUUGUACAGAACUACAAUGAAAGUUUGAAAUUUAGCUUAUGCUCUAGCUUUCUGGAUGAGAAAAGCCAUCAAUAGCAUGAACGUGGAAUGGUACGUGACAGACACAUACAAAGGAAUAAAGAUGUGUUAAAUGCAGUUUAAUUCAUGCUAAUUAAUAUUAAGAAACCAAAUAACUGAUCUUUUUAACCCAAAAAGGAUGUUCACUUUAAAGUUCCAUUUUAUACAUAUUAGUAGACAUGCAGAGUAAAGCAAAUUCAUUUAUUUUAUCCAUCACUGCUGCAAAUAACCAGAUAUUAUAAGUUACCCAAAGCUUGCUGGAAGUAAAUGAAUUACAUGCAACAUACAAAUGUCUUAAUCUUAAUGCAAAGAUUUAAAGAAUUUAUUGAUACUUUUAUCAUUCCACCGCCAGGUUUCGAAAAAAAUAUUCCUCUCUAAAAUUACUGCCAGAUUUAUAACUGAUUCCAUAUCUAAUUUUUAUAAAAAAAUAAUCUUGAUUUGUAAUUGUUAGCAUCAUGAACAACUUGCAUAUAUUUGUAAGCAAAAUCAGUUUUAAACACAUUGCUUCAGAUGACAGUUAUGAACAUCUUCUGUGCACCUUAGUAUUACUUUAGGUUUACUUUAUCCUAAAUUUUUAUAGGAGUCAAUGGAAACACAUUGCAGGCAGAUUUUAUUUUUUCUUUAAUUAAUUAGUGGCCUAUUAUAUGCAAACCGUUUUCUAUAUUAUUGACAAUAUGGAAGUUUAAGCUAUUGUUAUUACAUAACAAAUAGCUUUGGAUAUAUAUACUUAAUGAUGUAUCGGAAUCUUGAGUUGAGCCAGUAUACUUUUUUAAAAAAAGCUUACCACAUAAUUUUUAUAGAAAACUUUCAAGGGGAUGUAAAGAAGAUUAAUUUGUGACAUUGGGGGAAAAAAAGUUUCUCAAUAUUCAUUUUUUCUCUUGAGUGGGGUUACUCCCCAGAUUUUACUUCACUACUGCAAUGGAAAGAUAUUAACCCAUAUAUUU